AUGGCGUCUGAGAAAGGGGAGCUGGGCGUUGAACAACGAAGGCAAGUAUAUUUAUACUUCUGUGCGCUCAGAGAUUUCUUUAGUAUCUCUGGUGACCGCCAAGAUAGAUCAAGUUCCGCGAGAGCGCAAAAGGCGCGUUCCAAACUGUUGAAAUUACAACCUUCGCAGUUUUUCGAGCUUAGUACAGAUGUUCACGACGAACUCCAACGCAGAAUUGAUGAGAAUCAGGCGCAGCCGGAUCAUUUACUUCCAAGAGACAGUUUCCAUGUGAAAAGAAACCAGGCACGUCAGAAACUUGCCAAUUUGUCCAAAACUCGAUUCAAUGACCUGGUUGACGACAUUCUCUACGAGAUUCAAAGGCGAGGCUACGAAGAAGCGCUUCCAGAUGUUCGGAAUUUGGACGAAGAGAAUUUCAACGAUGCUCCAGAACAGACACCAAAGGAGUUGAAAGAUGCCGUCAUCAGCAGAAACGAUCAACCAAAGCUGGAAGAACUCAAAAAUGAAGCUGUUCGAAACCUCGCUCCCAGUGCCUCCCUUCAGGCUUCUCAAAUCAUACCGCAGAAGGCCUCAAUAGAAUGGAGUUCUGACGAAGAAACUCAAGAUUCGAGUCCACAUGAAGAUCGUGAGCCUCCUGCGUCUUUUUCAGAGGGCUUGCCUGACGGCUUACACGAAGGAAGCACAAGUGAACCUCAAGCCGAGGACACCGGCAUGGACUCUAAUGCCGUGGGACCAGAUGUAGAUGAAGUGUCCGAUUCUCUGUCUCCGGCACUCCCAUCGUUUGAUGAAAAGUUGAAGGAUACGAAAUUGAAUAAAAUGGCAAGCAGGGGUGGUUCCAUUAGCCGUGCGUCGCUGGGACAUGAGAACAAGGACCGCGAAAUUCAAGUUCUUGUAGCGGAAGGCACAAGAAUGGAUAAGCGUAUCAGUGAAUUAGAGCGGCUUAACUCUGAGCUAGAGAACGAGAGAAUUAGUUUGAACAGAGAUGUUCAAGAGAAGCAAAAUGAGGUGGAUGAACUUCAAAGAAACUUGAACGAACUGAGACGUGAAAUUUUGAAUUCCAAGGGGAAAUUAAAACAAUUGGAGGAAAAAUCCAGAUCUCAACCUCAAGUGCAGUCACCGAAACCAACUGUAGACAAUAAGCUUCAUGAGGAAUUGACACGGCUGACAAGCCGGCUCAAUAUUUUGUCAGUCGAAAACGAAAAUCUCAAGCAACAAAAUUCAGAAUUGGAGCUCAAUCUAAAAAAUGCUGCCUCAUCUCCCAAUAGAAAAAGCGUUAGCAUACUGGCUGAAAGUCCCGAGCAACUACUGACCGAGGAAAGACUUAAGGAACACAUUGCGAGUGAUGGGCGUGUACCUCUCAGCUUUGUCACCGCACUUCAUUCUCAAGUCUGCUUUUUUCUUAAGCGCGUUAGAAGUGAACGAUCUCAAAAAGAUUUUGGUGAUCAACUGUUUGACAACAUAGCUCGUAUUAGCGACAUCAUUCACAAGAUAAUAACGCUCGUCAAUACUCCAGACAAUACUGAAAAGGUCGCGUUGCUGAAGUCUUCCCUUUCCUAUGCCAUUACAACAGUACGAUACUUUGCCUUAUACAAGGAUCUACUACCUCUCGUUACUGUGAAUACUGCGAUUAGUGACGUCUGCUUUGCUUCAUGUAACUUGCUGAGUAUGGUCAAAAUUUCAACAAGUGAAAAUGACCAAAAUCUGGGGCCCAUUGACAGCCUCACGAACCCUGAGACACCAAGAGAGUCAACUACACCGUUUUUCAGCAAUGAGGACGUUAAAGAACAGGAAUACGACCUAGAAGAUCCUAGGGAACACUCCUCCUUUAUUUACGAAGAACAAACUUCGAUGUCGCCUGUUAAACCACUGAAAAUUACACAAAAAGUGAUUAGUCUGAGUUCGACUCCAACCAAGACAUCGAGUAAUGCUCGAAAACCUUCAAGUACGUUGUUCAACUCAAUAAUCUCACCAAAGAGCACCUCGCCAAUGCAAAAUAAAAUGUUUGAAGAUAGCUCUGCGGCGAACCAAGUUGAGGCUUCUAAAGGUGGAAAAUCUGCUUCUGACGAAAAGAGUCGAGUGGGUGCGUUGAGGGUUCAAAGGGGUGUGGUCCAAGACAUCGGCUCACAGACCAUAGACAAGGAGAAUUUUAAUCCUUCGCGAGACAGCACAUUUGCCGAGCGUGAUAAGGGCGCAUUAAGAGAGCCUCAAGAAAAAUCCCAAAAGAGCCUCUAUAACAGAGUUCUGCCCAACUUGUUCUCAAAGAAAGAGGAGUCAAAAAAGUCAUCGGAGGUGGAAAUAAAUGCGUUGUUCCCAAGCGAAAGAAAUAUUCCCGUGGAAGACGUUAAACAUGAAAGCUCUACCGUCUCAGAGAGCACGAAAGGGCUGCCCCCCGCUCCAAUUCAAAAUCAAGGUGGUACUGGUCCUACCCAAGGUCUCGGUGAAAUAUAUGGGGUCCGAAAUGAAAUCCCCUCGCUAUCAGCAACCAAGGUAGGAAAAAGUGGUCCUGUUGAAACAAAAACGGUCGGUCAGGCUUCAGAACCCUUAACGCUUAAGAUGGGCUCUUUAAGAGAGAAACAGCUUGAAAAAAAUGGACCCCAAGAAAGUUUGUCUAACGACAUAUCAGAAGAUUCUUUGACGAGUGGCGACGAUACUCAAGACGACGCCAUUAACGGAAAAAUUGACGAGAGCAACGCAACAAGUGAGGAGGAAGUUCCUUUUCAGCCGGUAAAGACCGAAUAUACUUCUGAUUCAUAUGACACUCCUUCUAAUAAAGGUGUAAGGAAGACUAACGAUUCUAAAAUCGAUUGCGAUAAUAAUGGCAAAAACGGGGUCAAUGAGAUUCAAACUCAAUACAAACUCAGCAACCGUGAGGUAGAUCAGGACAAGUCGGCUUCAAAGGCUAAAAGUAUGAAUGAAAGGCCCCUUAUGCAUAGCGAGACCCAGAGCCCUGUCAAGCUUGAGGAGACUGAGCUUCUCCCUUCUACACUUUCGGAAAAGCCCAUCAAGAGCGAAACGCCUACCUUUACAAUAACAACCCCCGAGGAAGCUGAGCCCAAGAACAAGAGCAACUUUGCCCAAAACGUUCAUGCGCACGGCAAAGAGAGCAUCAAAGAUGCUAGUGAUGUUGACUCAGUUAGGAGAGCGAGACAAUCGAGACAAGGAUUGGAGCAGGAGGCCGACUUCGACAUCGAUGCCUUUGAUAUUGAAAACCCUGAUAACACACUUUCAGAGUUAUUGCUUUAUUUGGAACAUCGCACAAUUGAAGUGAUAAGCACUAUACAAUCUUUGUUAACUUCAAUCAAACAGCCACAAGCAACAACGGGCGAGUUGAGGUUGGCUUCUCAAGCUAUAAAGGAGGUUAUUAGCCAAAUGGUUGGUGCCACCAGCGUCUCGAUGGACCAAUCCAGAAAUGCUGCCUUACGGGAACACGGUAGCUGGGUCGUGCAAAGUUUGGAUGACUGCAAGAAAAGAAUCAUAUCUCUAUGUCAGUUAAAGGAGGAUGCUGACAUAGAAUCAAAAGACGGAGACGAAGUUUACGCGAACAAACAUUUCAAGCAGCGCCUGGCAGGCAUUGCUUUUGAUAUUGCCAAAUGUACCAAAGAACUUGUUAAAACAGUAGAAGAGGCUAGUUUGAAAGAAGAAAUUGCCUUUUUGAAUUCAAGACUAUCGCAUUGA